CUGAAUGAACCUCCUCGUACAGUCAGCACAGCUCAGCGGCUCUCUGUUUAUCCAGCCCGCUGUGAUUUCGCUCCCAUAUUCCCGCUGACAGCCACACGGGAUUAUUAUUUCCGAGCAGCGACUGAUUCUCCGCAACGCGUCUGCAAGAUGAUGCCCCCUAGAUAGCAGCCUCGUCCUCCGCUCCACUCCCCCUCCCUGCCCCUUGGCCCCUUCCUCUAUCUUCCUGGACCUGCACCGCCACUGCCACCUGUGUUACCACAGCCAUCAUGCCCCCCAGGAAGAGGACACGACAGGGCCUGGGUUUCCUGUGCUGCUUUGGCAGCAGCGAGCCCCCGGAGAUCAACCUGAAGGACACCGUGCCACUGCAGCUGCUGGAGUUCAGUGCGCCCAUGCCGCCUGCUGAGGAGCUGCAUGCGCGUUUCUCCGAACUGGUGGAUGAGCUGGAUUUGACAGACAAGAACCGGGAGGCCAUGUUUGCUCUGCCCGAUGAGAAGAAAUGGCAGAUCUACUGCAGCAAGAAGAAGGAGCAAGAGGACCCCAACAAGCUGGCCACCAGCUGGCCCGACUACUACAUCGACCGCAUUAACUCCAUGGCGGCUAUGCAGACUUUGUUUGCCUUUGACGAGGAGGAAAUGGAAAUGAGGAACAAGGUGGUGGAAGAUCUGAAGACGGCACUUCGGACUCAGCCGAUGAGGUUUGUUACGCGUUUCAUCGAGUUGGACGGCCUCACCUGCCUCCUCAACUUCCUGCGCAGCAUGGACUACGAGACGUCGGAGAGCCGCGUCCACACCUCCGUCAUCGGGUGCAUCAAGGCACUGAUGAACAACUCGCAGGGCCGUGCGCAUGUCCUGGCCCACCCGCAGAGCAUCAAUACCAUCUCACAGAGCCUCCGGACAGAUAACUUCAAGACCAAAGUGGCAGUACUGGAGAUUCUUGGGGCGGUGUGCCUGGUGCCAGAUGGACACAAGAAGGUGCUUCAAGCCAUGGCACAUUACCAGAAAUAUGCUGCUGAGAGGACUCGCUUCCAGACGCUGCUGAAUGAGCUGGACAAAAGUACAGGACGCUACAGAGACGAGGUCAACUUAAAGACCGCCAUCAUGUCUUUCAUUAACGCCGUGCUCAACGCUGGGGCUGGAGAGGACAACCUGGAGUUUCGCCUCCAUCUAAGGUACGAGUUCCUGAUGUUGGGCAUACAGCCGGUCAUCGAAAAGCUCAGAGAGCACGAAAACGCCACUUUGGAUAGUGUUCAUCUUUUUAUAUUGAAUAAGCGUAGUGGUGGCACCCUGCAGCACUGGCAGCUCUUAGACCGGAUCCUCCAGCAGAUCGUCAUGCAGGACGACAAGGGAGAGGACCCUGAUAUCUCCCCUCUGGACAACUUCAAUGUAAAGAACAUCAUUCGCAUGUUGGUCAAUGAAAAUGAGGUGAAACAAUGGCGAGAACAAGCAGAGAAAUUCAGAAAAGAGCAUGCAGAGCUGCUAGCUAAACUGGAGCGGAAAGAGCGGGAGUGUGAGACCAAAACGCAGGAAAAAGAGGACAUGAUGAAGACUUUGAACAAGAUGAAGGAUAAACUACAGCGUGAAGGUGUGGAGCUGCGCUCGGCCCGGGAGCAAGUGCUGGACCUGUCGUCGCGCAUCAAUGACAUCUCUGGCGGAAAUGUAUCCUUCCCACCUCCCCCUCCUCCUCCUGGCGGCCCUAUGCCUCCGCCUCCACUACCUAUGACAUGCGGCUUUCCUCCACCCCCACCUCCUCUACCAUUCAGUUGCCCGCCUCCCCCACCUCCACCUCCUCCACCUGGGGCACCACCUCCUCCACCAGGAGCCCCACCUAUUUUUGGAGCUCCGCCUCCUCCCAUUCCCUCAUCGUUUAACUCGAUGAGCAGCAUGCACUCCAAGUCCAUCCCUCAGCCUUCACAUCCUUUGAAGUCUUUCAACUGGGCCAAACUAGGAGAGAACAUGAUCAAUGGCACCAUCUGGAGCGACAUCGAUGAUCUGAGAGCUUUCAAGAUCCUCGACCUGAAAGACAUAGAGAAGAUGUUUUCAGCAUAUCAGAGACAACAGGACCUGCUCACUAACCAAUCCUUCAAACAGAAAGAGACUGGCUCGAUGGAUGACAUAUACGUCAGCACGCGGAAGGUCAAAGAGCUGUCAGUCAUUGAUGGCAGACGUGCACAGAAUUGUGUCAUCCUGCUUUCAAAAUUAAAAAUGAGCAAUGAAGAAAUCAAGAGGGCAAUCCUGGAGAUGGAUGAGAGAGAAGAGCUUGCUAAAGAUAUGCUGGAGCAGCUUUUGAAGUUUGUCCCAGAGAAAAGUGAUAUCGACCUGUUGGAGGAGCACAAACAUGAGCUGGAGAGGAUGGCCCGGGCUGAUCGCUUCCUCUUUGAGAUGAGCAGAAUUGACCAUUACCAGCAGAGACUGCAGGCUCUGUUCUUUAAGAAGAAGUUUGCAGAGCGUCUUGCUGAAACAAAGCCUAAGGUUGAAGCCAUCCUGAACGCGUCCAAGGAGGUGGUCCGGAGCAAACGUUUGACUCAGGUCCUGGAGGUGGUGCUGGCCUUCGGCAACUUCAUGAACAAAGGCCAGAGAGGCAACGCCUUCGGGUUUAAGAUCUCCAGCCUCAACAAGAUCGCUGACACCAAGUCCAGCAUAGACAGGAACAUAACCAUGUUGCACUACUUGAUCAUGAUCUUUGAGAAGAACUAUCCGGACACGCUUCACAUCCAGCAGGACAUCGGCAGCGUACCAGAAGCUGCCAAAGUCAACUUGUCAGAGUUGGAAAAAGAAGUGCAUAGUAUCAGAAGUGGACUGAAGGCACUGGAGGCGGAGCUGCACUACCAGCAGAGCAGGACGAGGGAACGAGGGGAUAAGUUUGUGGCCGUGAUUGGUGACUUCAUCACGGUGGCUGGCUUCAGCUUCUCUGAAUUGGAGGACCAGCUGAGUGAAGCCAAGGACAAGUUUGCCAAAUCUCUGAAGCACUUUGGGGAGGAAGAAGGGAGAAUGCAGCCGGAUGAGUUUUUCGGGAUCUUCGACACCUUCUUGCAGUCGUUCACCGAAGCACGACAGGACCUCGAGAACAUGCAGCGACGCAAGGAUGAGGAGGAGCGGAGGGCCCGGAUGGAGGCGAUGCUUAAGGAUCAACGGGAGCGGGAACGACGGGCCAAAAAGAGCGGCACCACGGAAGAAGUCGGCGGGGAGUUUGACGACCUGGUUUCAGCUUUGCGCUCCGGCGAAGUCUUCGACAAAGACCUGAACAAGUUCAAGCGAAAUCGCAAACGCUCUGUCAAUCAGCUGGCAGAGGGUGGCGGCCGGGAAAGAACCGUCACCAAGGUUAACUACUAGGUCAGGGAACAGGAAGAAAAAAAAACCCACCUUAAAUCUGCCAUUGCGUUGAGCUUUUAACACCUUUAGUCCAGGUUGUGGGACAGUGACCGCUGACAUUGGAGAGGAUGUAAAUAACGGCUGGAUUGGACUUGCAAGAACGGCCGAGCCGUGUUGAAGGAUGCAGCGCUCUCCUCUGAUUGGUCUUGUAAAGCUAUUUCCACUCCGUCUGUUCUGGAUGUUACCAGGAUGGACAAGUGGACACACCACUGUGACACAUUAGCCCAUGUCAUUUGACCAUAUCCUUUAACACUGUGCUCAAGGCUCUCACUUUCUAUCACCCCAGUCUUUUUCACUUUUCUCCCCCAUUCACACAUCCUCUGCAAGCUCUCCGGUGCUGAAAAAGCCCCGUCAUUUAACUACUGGGCUUUAAAGCACACAGAACAUUGGGAUCGGACAGUCACAUUGUAUAUAGUCACGAGGCAAAGACAAAGGAUUGGUAAAAGGACUAUGAAGCGUCUCCAGGCAGAUUUGGGAAAAAAGAAGCUGAAGGGAACUAAACAAUAACCUCGACCAUCAGGUGUUCCCCAGAAAAGAGACUUCUCAACCACAGAAAGUCAAGGACUCGACACGUCCCAGAAUGAUUUGUAGGCUUCUGAAAGAGUGAAGAAGGAUCCAGAUUCAUACCAACAUUCUCCGGGAAGGACGUGUCUAUCCCGAUGUGCUCAGCUCUUCUCAAGGAAACUUCUCAGCCUGAUCCACCUGAUUUAAAACAUGACUGUGCCACAUGGGUCAGGCCUCCCCUUCACUCUGACCAACAUCGUUCUGGCAUUAACAGUGCCAAAGGAAAGAGAAAACUAAUGUAAAUGUAUUAAUACAAAACAUACUGCAAUUAGGCAUUGAUAUAUAUUUAUAUUUAGAUGCAGACAAGCUAAUUGCAAAGAGGUCUUUUUUUAUGUUUUGGGAUUUUUGUACACGCAAUGCAUUAUUUGUUGGUGUUGCAAGUUGGCGUUGAAGUGAAUUUCUAUACAUUUUGCGCUUUAUGUAAAAAAAAGAAAAAAAAAAAGAGGUAAUCGCUCACACUUUUCACAUCUGUACGUCUUGUUUGCGCUGCAGCUUUUUUUGUAAACUUUACACUCAGAAGUCCACAAGCCAAUGACAGCGUCCUGUAUGUUGUCAGAUUAUCUGUAACUAACAUAAUGAAGGAAUGCCAUGAAAUUAAUUUAAAGGCACAAGCUGCAGUUUCUUUACUGCAGUAAGGUUAAAUUCUCACUCUAUUCAGUAUCUCUCUCUGCUUUCUUUUUUAAUUUUCAGCUUUUUCCGUGGUAGAGUCACAUCGCACCAUGUGAUGAAUCUCUCAUUGUCAUGUCAGGGUACAACAAAACACUUAAAGAGGGUAGGUGGGACACACACAGGAAAAAAACAUCAGCGCACGUCAUAGAAAAGAAUUUGUACUUUCAUCUUUUUCUCCAGCUUGUCAAUCAAGUCAGUCAAAUCAAGCCCACAAAGGGAAGCCAACCUCCUUUUUAUAAGGUAUUUGAAGUAUUCAGAGCAGUAGGAGUGAGGCUGUAGUGUAAUCAGUAUUAACAUCUGAUUCUUUUUGAAAACAAAAAUAUAUAUAGCAGUGCACAUAGACUGUAUUAAAAGAUGGAUGUAGCAUCUAUGAUGUCACUCAUUGGUUUUUGAAGUCCCAUUAUAAAGCCAUCUUGUUCUUUUGCUUGUUUUUUGUUUUUCCAUUUUGUUUUGUUCUUUUAGGGGUUUUUUUUUGUUUUGUUUUGUUUUUUACUUUUUGGACCAGAAGUGACCAUAUUUGGAUGAGAAGGUGGAGUGCUAAUUUUUUUAGCUAACAUUUGCUUUAAUUAGCAGUUAUCUGUGUCUGCUAAGUAACAUUCAGAGGAAGUACUAGAAUUUAACUAGUUGUGAAAACUGGAGCACAGAUAGUCUGUAUGCGUUUAACCAGACACCAAUCAAUGUCUCUAGUUUCCGGAGAUGAAGCCUGCAAGACAUCUGUCAGUAAAAGAGGCCACGGACCUGAUAGUAAUUAUAUGUUUAACUUUAAUAAUGUUUAAAUGGGGGAGUUACACAAACAAAAUUGUUAUAAAGUAGGAAAGUGGCUAAAAAGACCAAAACUAUGUUUAUUUUUGCUUUAAGCUGGUCAUUUUAACAUGGGAGUCUUAUGGAGAUUGACUCACUUUUGGAGCUAGCCUCCAGUGGCCAUUAAAGGAAUUGCAGUUUUGGGCACCGCGUUGGUUUGGUUUUGGCUUCAGCUUCGCUGCAGAAUGUGUUCACACAGAGACGGCUCUAAUCGUAGGGUGUAAAGUCAACAUCAAGCAUACAUUUACUUGUUAACCAUCACAUUCAUUCAGAGUCAGAAGAGAGGUCUCGACCCACCAUGUUUGUAUUUCUAACAGCGACUUCCCCAGUUUGUCCUUUCUGGAGUUUUUCUGUUCUUUGUUGUGUAAAUGUUCAGUUUUAAGUGCCUCUCAUCCUGUUUUCACAUUUGUAUUUUUGGCUUCCAAAGCAAACUUACAGAAUUUGGUAGGGAUAUGGCGCCAUCUUGUGGCCGAUUAUAAUGCACUUCACUGACCUCACAACCUGUCAAAAACCGGUUUGGGGUUAUGUGUUACCUGUGCACAGCUAAACUCACUCACUUCCUUUUAUAUGAGUUCUUCCACACUUUUAGUUCAUUUUCUUCAUUUCCCCUCUGAAGCAGAGAGAAGCUGCCGUGAGGUUAAAAAAACAUAACGUGAGACAGAAAUUGUAUCCCAGAGAUUAACUAGUGAACCAAAAUCACUUAAAACUUUCAGACACUUUUAAAAUUUAAAAAGAGGAAAUUACUUGAUUUUCUCUCAAUAAACCAGCAUCUUGUGUAUAUUUUAGUCCUUUUGUUUUCUAGCGUCUGAUCCUUUUUGAGUUAUACUUCAUCAGAUUCUUUAAACCCUUCAUUCAGAGCUUUAACCCGUGUUGUAGUGCAGACUAUUUCCUGAGGGGUAUUGUCAGUAUUAAAACCUUUGUGUUGCUACAUGGUUGGAUGUCUAUUUGGCCAUUGACUGGCUGAUGAAUUUUUUUUUGUUUUGUUUUGAGUGUAAAGAUGGAAAUAAGUAGCUUGUUUCAAUGCACUUUGAUGAUGGGACAUUUCCAUUUGCAGCGAGGGCUGAGGUCCCUCAAGAAACUAGAAGGGUGCAACAAAAGUGUGGUGCAAAAUAAAAAUAAAAAAUUUAAAAGAAGAAGAAAUUAAAGAUGGUGUUUAUAGGAAAGGGAGGAAAGUGAGGCUGAGUACUCCGGCUGGGCCGCUUGGAACACUUUAAGAGUCUGUUGAAUGGCAGAGAUGGGAUUUGUGGGGAAACUAAGAGGCGACUGUGGUACAGAGCAGGUCCUGUCUCCUGGUUUGGUGAGUCUGGAGGAAAAACAUUUAAAAAGAGGGAUUGGGGGGCGGUUGUGGGUGGGGUAUUUUAUGUCAAUACCACAUUUCUGUCAUUACAUGGCGUUGAGCUGCAUGCCUAAAGAUGGGUGCACAAAGUGUGAAUUGUUUCUCCUUUCGUAGAAAACUGCUUGCAAACUGAAACACACCUGUUAAACCACAGCCUGUACUGCCUGAGAAAAGUUGCACCCGUUCUUCGAGCUUGUAUAAUUGUGAGGAGUCAGUAUUUUCAUGUUUGGAAGAAAAAGAAAAACGUAUCCUCCACCUGAAAGAUAUACAGUUGGAGAAAUAAAAAAAAAAGAAGCAUUUUGUACACGUUUGUUGAUGUUUGAGUUAAGAUUAAAAAAAAGAUGAAAACAUGAGGAAUGUUCCAUUUUCCUGUAAAUUGUACCUCUAUUUAUUUGCCUUAUUUAGUUUGCUAUAUUUUGUAUGUACACAACGCAUUACGACAAAUGUUAUAUUAAAAAUCAGAAUCAUUAAACUGUGGUCCGUGUAUGAUGGAUAGUUCUGACACUUGUAUGAGAACGAGAAGCUUUUCUUUUGGUUUGUUUUUCAUUUUUUUUGGUUUUUUUUCUCUCACCCUGUGUCUUUUGUAGGGUUACAAUAAACUUUUGUCCCUUA